AUGGCGGACAAUGGAGAGAACAAUGCACCACAUCCAGAUCCGGUAGUCCAACAACUCCAGCUAGAUAUUGCAGAUCUGGUGAGACAGUUAAAGGAAAAAGAUGAACAACAAGUUGUAUUGCCAGUGCAAAACAUGUACGCUUACAGAGAAGUGGAGAACCCGCCAAUUGGCAAUGAUGGAAUCGAUGCCAAUCAUUUUGAGCUCAAGCCAGGAUUGCUUAAUAUGGCUGAGGCUAAUGCUUUUGGGGGGAAGGCCAAUGAAGAUCCCAACAAGCAUCUCACCAAGUUUAUUCAGAUAUGUAACACGGUGAAGCUUAAUGGGGUGAGAGAUGAACAAAUCAGAUUAAGGCUAUUCUCAUUUUCCUUGAGAGAUGAUGCUAGAGAUUGGUACGAUAACAUGGGACCAGGAUCAGUUAGAACGUGGAAUGCCAUGGUAGAAUUAUUUUUGGAGAAGUACUUCCCACCCAGCGAAGUUCUAAAAAGGCAAGCUGAGAUAAUUCAGUUCCAGAUGAAGCCUCAUGAGACAAUUCGAGAAGCAUGGGCCAGAUUUAAGACACUGUUGAAGAGAUGCCCCAAGCAUGGUUUAAGUCCGGGACAUCAAGUCAUAACUUUUUACAGAGGGUGUACUUCAGACGCAAUGCGUGAACUGAAUUGGAGCGCAGGAGGAGCAAUCCUUCAAUUAGGAGAGAAUGAUGCCAUGCAAGUAAUUGAGCGAGUAGCCUCCACUGAUGAAGGAUGGAAUAAUGAAAUAAAUAAGUCAUACAGGGUGGCAUCUGUUACAGAAGAUGAUAGAAUAGACAAAAUGUCGAAGCAGCUAGAUCUGUUGACCACUCAACUGGGGAUAAUGGAGAUGAGACAGUCUGGACCAGAACUGCAGGGAGGAGUUGAAGAAGUAAACUAUGUGCACCAAGGAGGAAACAACAGAAACUUCAACAACUAUCGCUCCAACCAAGGAGGUGGUAACUAUAAUCAAUUUGGUAACAAGGUGUAUCCUAAUCUAUCAUAUGGGAAUCCCAACAAUGCUCUGCAACCACCGCCAGGAUUUACAGUAUCUAAUGGGAUGAUCGAACAACAGAAAAAGUCUACUACUGAAGAUAUCUUGGCAGCAUUCAUGAAUCAGACUGCCAAGUACAUGGAGAAAGCCGACAAGUACAUGGAGAGCACUAGUCAAAGGAUGGGGAAGGUUGAAAACGACGUGCAAAGCUUGAACGUGCAUAUGAAGAGCAUUGACACUCAGAUCAUUCAAAUUUCUCAAGCCGUAGGUGUUCAACAUCAGCCAGGCCAAUUCCCAGCACAGACCAUAAAUAAUCCCAAGGACGGCAAGGCCAUCACCAUGAGGAGCGGUAAAAGCUAUGAAGGACCUUCCAUGCCCGUAGAGGGUAAGAAGAAUACUCCAGUGGAUGAUGUCAGUGCGGAAGAGAAUUCCAAGGGGAAGAACAAGGCCAAUAGUCAAGCAGAGAAAGAGUCAGUGCCAGAAAAGAAGCCCCCUCCCCCCCACCCCGCCUAUUCCUACGACAGUGAAGGUGCCCUUCCCCUUUGA